CUUUUUCUUGCAAAAGAAUCAUUAAAAGACCCAGCUAGCUUGUCCCAGAUUUCUGCUCGGUGCUCUGCAUGAGGGUUAGGACUGGACCAACUUAGUGGAGAUGUAGAGCCACGGCUGCAGAGAGCUUGACAGCGCUCUCUUGAUCUACACUGGACUGAUAUCUUCAUCGAAGGAUCCUCGAUGGAGGCUAAACCGGCUGGAUCAGUUCCUUCACUGAAGGCUUUUUUGGUAAAAAUGGAGCAGUGACUUGUUGAGGAAGGUGAUGACCUGACCUGAGGUGACCUCGUAGAGCUUGACUUCAAUACCAUUCAGAAGACCCAGAAACCAUGAUGAGAAGAUUUUUGAAGAGCCAGAAGGGCCGUUUCUCUCUUCGCCAAAGCCGAUCGGGAUCCCGCAGUGCCUCCAAAGAUUUCUACCCAACCCCUAACGUGCUGAGAGAAUUCCCCCUGAAUAUUGAACUGGGCCUUCCAGCGAAUAACCAGGGUUGGCCAGAGGACUUUGGCUUUAAGCUGGGUGGAGAUGGACCCAGUUACAUCCUCUCUGUGGUGGAGGGCAGCAGCGCUUACAUGGCCGGGCUGCAGCCAGGUGACCAGGUUCUGGAGAUCGAUGGGCAGAACGUCUCCUCUCUCAGCACCAAAGCUCUCGUCGCUCUGGCUCAGACCCUUAAGACUGUGCCGCCCAGCAUCGGAGUCGUGUCUAGAAUUGAACAGCUGGACAUUGCCCCGGGGCCUGAUGGUCGUUUUGGCUUCACCAUAGUGGGCGACAGUCCCCUGCUGGUGGAGAACUGCAUGCCCAACUCUCCAGCGGGCCGGAGUGGACUGCGAGCUGGAGACUAUGUGAUGGAGGUGAAUGGGAUUCCAGUGAAACAGCACGAGGCGGCGGCGGCCAUGAUCAAGGCCUCUCAGGGACGUACGCUGCGUCUCGGCGUGCUCCGCAUUAACCGCUGGCAGAAACGCACCAGCAACAGCAUGAAGGAGACCUACCAGAGCGGAGACAUCGUGAGGCAUGACCGAAAGCACAAAGCUCUGGAGUUCAACAAGAAGGUUGAGGAAGUUUUAGGGGAGGAUCCUGAGGUGAAAGAGAGGCUGUUUGAUUUGCUGAAGCAGUAUGCAAACGAGAGGGAUGUUGAAGGGCUGGCGUCCACACUUCCAGAAAUACUGCUCACCGAGGAGCAUCAGCAACUGAUUGACAGCAUCAGGAUCUUCAUCCCUAAGAAGCACAGGCAGCGCUUUGAUGAGAUGGUCUCUCAGAGUUUGAUCAGUCGGUUGAGGGGCCGAAGCUUCAGCGAGCACAGGAACAACCGCCUACGGCGCAGCCGGAGCGAAGACCACCCCGACCGACUGUGUCUGUCCACUAGAGCCAGUUCUGUGCCCCGGACCUCAAAUGAGGAUGCGGUCAUGCCUCCUGCCCGCGGCCUCCGCAAGACCACCUCUCUCAUCGCAGGCCAUUCCAGCUCCUUCUCUACCCGCAGGACAGUACGCGUGUACAAAGGGAACCAGAGUUUCGGGUUUACUCUGCGUGGCCAUGCUCCAGUCUGGAUUGACUCUGUAAUACCAGGCAGCCCUGCUGAGAAGGCGGGUCUCAAACCUGGAGAUCGCAUCCUGUUUCUCAAUGGGUUGGACAUGAGGAGCUGUUCACAUGAGAAGGUGGUGUCUAUGCUUCAGGGGAGUGGGGCAAUGCCAAGCCUGGUGGUUGAAGAUGGCCCGCCAGCCUUCACCAUGACUGAACCAGAGCAGGUGGAGAUUUCUCCCCGCUCCCGUGCUCCUGUGCUCAGCUCCCUGCAGUGGGUCGCUGAGAUCCUGCCUCCCAGUAUCCGCGUACAGGGCCGCACCUUCAGCCAGCAGCUCGAUCACCUUCUCACGCUUCAGGAGAGAUAUACCAUUUGCAAGGCCCUGGAGGCCUUCUUCCAGCACAGAAAUGUAGACACUUUGAUUGUGGACGUCUUCCCUGUGUUGGAUACUCCAGCAAAACAGGUGAUCUGGCAGUUCGUUUACCAGUUGCUGACCUAUGAGGAGCAGGAACACUGCCAGAACAAGAUCUCCCGCUUCCUUGGCUAUAAAGUUACACCAGAUCCCGAACCUCCAGCCCAUGAGCCUCACCGUCGCAGCAGCUCUAUGAAGGUGACAGGAACCACCUACAGGAGCAGUGUGAGGGGACGCAGCUCAGAUGAUCUGGUUAUCGGCACUCACCUGGGCAUGGGAAUUUGCACUGAGCCAGUGGAAAUGGCACCUAUGAGACUAACUCCUGGAGAGAGACAAUCAGGGGAUGGAACAUCCUUACCAGAGACACCCAACAAUCUGACUAAUCUGUCAGCUGUGUAUGCCGAGCUGGAGAAUGUCUAUGCCGGGAAGAGAUCCAAAUCCCUGAAGACUCGAGCUUCUCCUGCUCCUGACUCUCUGGUUAACGUGGAUAUCUUCCCGCACGCUUCCUCAAAGUCUGUCAGGGCACACUCUUCCUCUCCAUCUGUUCGGGCCACUUCAGGAAGCCGCAAAUCUGCAUCAGCACAGCCUGUGCCUCCUCCUCCGCCACCUCCACCUCCUCCACAGCCUGACUCUUGGAUGGAGGAGCCUCCCCUGAGUCCUCAGUGUCCCUGUUACCCUCCAGGUCUUCCCUCUCAAACAAGUGCUGAGUCCAACCCCUACAUCAGUUUAGACAGCCCACCUCUCUCUCCACCCUCUCCUCCCGACUACCCUCCUAGUCCACCCAUUCGCAAAAAGCGCUAUACCUUCUCGCGUCCACCCCGUACCCCAGACACAGAUCUGUUCAUGGAGGCUCUGAGUGAACAGCUGGGACAGCAGUUAUCUGUGGAUGACUUCCUGUCACCAGAGAAUGACUAUGAAGAGGAUGUUGUCCAGAUGACUUUCCAGGAUGAGGAAGAGGAGGUAGAGGAAGAGGAAGAGGAGGAGGAGGAAGAAGAGGAGGAAGAGUACAUGCCUCCCGAGUUAAGCAGUCCAAGCGAAGUGCAUAGUAGCAGUGAGGAUGCCAGCUCUCUCACCUACUCCUCCAGCUCUGAGCACAUUCCUCCACCCCCUCUGACUCCUCCUCCCCCUCCCCCUGUCCAAUUCAACGACCCCCCUACACCUGCUAGAUUCACCCCUGACCACACACCUCGACAGUUGACCAUCCGUCGCCACCCUGGACCACCUCCUCCACCUCCGCCAAGGGCUAACCCCCCUCCAAAACGACAGUCCAUUCACAAGGUGCUGCCCACACGUGAUGAGCAGAUGACUCAGCACCAAGUCCUUCAGGAGCACCACUCACUUCCAGUUCAACCAACAGCUGGCCACCCUCAGCAAUUUCAGCAGCAGAUGCACCAAUCUCUGCCCCCUAUGCUUUCUCCAGAAAUAAACCAGUCAUCCAUCCCCAGUCAUGCAAUGUACGAUAUGCACCAUCAGGUUAAUCCAGCUCACCAGGUUCAUCAACACCACCAGAUGGAACAGGAUCACCAGAUGCAUCCAAUGUAUCAAAAUAAACCAAGUCGCCAAUCUCAGUCUAUCAAAAUGCAUCAAAACCGUCACUCACACCAGACUGUUCAGACUCAACUCUCUAGUUCUAUGGAUAGGCUUGAUAGGAUUGAAAGAAAAGACCGCUCAGAUAGACAUAUCUAUGAGAUGCAGCCCCAAACCUUGCAUUCAGAUCAACAAAUACAACAUGCUUAUCAGAUGCAUCAGAGUCAUCAGGCCCACCUCUCAAGCUCUAUGGAUAGACUUGACCAAUUAGAGCACAUCCAGCGCAUGGAACGCUUGGAGAAUUUGGAGCGAAUUGAGAGAUUGGAAAGGGCUGAUAGACAAAUGCACAGGGCACAUAUGGCUCAAGCCGUUUCUCAAACUAUUCAACCAUCUCAGCAGACUCAGCAACAGUACCUUCAACAGAUGAAUCAAGCUCAUCAAGCCUACCCACCCACCCAGCCUCCUCCGCCAAGCCGCCACAUUCACCAGAUUGAACACAUACACCAGGUUCAGCCCAUCCAGUCAGCUCCUCAGUACCACCAGAUCCACCAGCCCCACCAAACUCACCAGAACCAACAGAUUCUGUCGACCUUCCAACCUCAUCCUUCACAACAGCCGGAACAGCCACAGCAGCUUCAGCAGCAACAGAUGCAGCAGCAACAACAACUUCAGCAGCAGCAGAUUCAACAGCAGCAGCAAAUUCAACAACAGCAGCAGAUUCAACAGCAGCAGCAGAUUCAACAGCAGCAGCAGAUUCAACAGCAACAACAGCUUCAGCAGCAGCAACAGCGUCAGCAACAGCAAAUUCAGCAGCAACAACAGAUUCAGCAACAGCAACAGAUUCAGCAACAGCAACAGCAUCGCUCAACCCCUCAGAUUCCCUCCAUUGCACAGGCCAGGCAGAGCCCUCAACCCAUGUAUCACGAAUAUCGUCAUCACCACCACCAUCAUAGCCACCAUGAAGCCCAGUCCCCAACACAACCACCAAGUACACCCCAAUCUCAAACUCACCACUGCACUGAAGGGUCCACUGUGGAGCCACCUCCUCCACCACCUUUACCCCCACCUUGCGUGCCUCCUCCUCUACCAAAGGCCUCACCGCAAAAAUCGGAUUCCAGUCAUAUGAGUGUAAAGAGGCUACGCUGGGAACAGGUGGAAAAUUCUGAGGGAACCAUUUGGGGACAGUUGGAAGAAGACUCUGAUUAUGACAAGCUGAGUGACAUGGUGAAAUACCUAGACUUGGAGCUUCAUUUUGGAACACAAAAGAGCCCUGUUUCUCUUCCAGAGUUCUCACCUCAGGUGGAGACUUUCAAGAAGAAAGAUGUGGUGGAGAUUCUCUCCCGUAAGAAAGCCUACAACGCUUCAAUCUUGAUUGCCCAUUUGAAGCUGUCGCCAGGCGAGCUACACCAGGUGCUGAUGACGAUGUCAAGCGAACGCUUGGAGUCCCCGCAUAUUAAACAACUGCUCCUGUAUGCACCGGACGAUGAUGAGGUCAGACAGUACGAGCAGUACAGUGAUGACCCAAGCAAACUCAGCGAGCCUGAUCAGUUUGUCCUACAGAUGCUUUCGGUGCCCGAGUAUAAGACCCGCUUGAAAAGCCUGCAUUUUAAGACUACAUUGCAAGAGAAAACAGAGGAGAUGAGAGGGGCCUACGACUGUGUUUUCCAAGCUUCAAUGGAGCUCAAGAACAGCAAAAAACUGGCCAAGAUUCUGGAGUUUGUGCUGGCUAUGGGGAAUUAUCUGAAUAACGGACAACCAAAGACCAAUAAAACGACUGGAUUUAAGAUCAAUUUUCUCUCUGAACUCAGUACCACCAAAACAGUGGAUGGAAAGUCAACAUUUCUUCAUAUCCUGGUGAAAUCAUUGUGUCAGCACUUUCCCGAGGUUCUGGACUUUAGGAAGGAGCUUAUGACGGUGCCACAAGCAGCCAAAGUGAAUCAGAGAAACAUGACCUCUGACUUUAACGACCUACAUGCCACAAUCCAGGACAUUCGGUUAGCCUGCCAGCAGAUGCCAGCCGCUGCUGAGGAUCGAUUUGCUGUUGUUAUGAGUGGAUUUCUGGAAAACAGUCACCCUGCAGUGCAGUCUCUGGAGUCUCUGCAGCAGCUGGCGAUGGAAGAGUUCUGCAAAGUCGCUUCAUUCUUCGGGGAGGAUGGAAAGACCACCGCCACUGAGAGUUUCUUUGGUAUCUUCGCUGAGUUCAUUGCCAAAUUUGAGCGGGCCUUGAGUGAUAUCCAGACCACAGAAAACCCUCCUCGCAGCCCAAGGAGCCCUCGCACAGCCUCUCCUGUAGCCUGGUGACGAAACCACCCAACAUGAGGCACACAGACUUACAGUACAUCAACGCUCACUUACAUACACUCCUAUACAUGUCCAGUCUGAUUUAGUGAUAGCCUUACGGUAAUUCAAGGACACGUGUACAGUAACAAUAUAAUGAGUCCUGGUGAGUUGUACAGGUGAACACUCGGGCACAGAUCGGACAGAAAAGCUUCGGUUGUAGAGCAAAUAGUGCAGGGAAAGAUCAUAAAUGGCUUAAAAAACAUUUGCUCUAGGAUGUUAUUUUACAGGAUGGACUGUUCGAUUGUUCUUGGUACUCAAACACCAGGACGUUUUGCCUCUUGUAAAUGGACAAGCCAAAAGUUGGGGCAAGAAUUGCCGCCAAACUUUUUGCAGUGGAUUUGUAAACAUUAAUAAGUGCAGUUAGAUAAGAUAUAUUUAAUGUAAAGUUUAAUUAGGACUGUGAGCGUCAGAUUUGUCUGACUUGAUAAAUUAAUGAAUAAAUUAGGAGAAAAGUGCUUUAACAAUGUGUCUUAAUUCUGCUUAAAUGUAUUUAAACAACUUGGUUCGGAGUUGUUUCUUGGUCAUUGUACUGUAAAGCAGGUGUUUUGUUAAACUAAUGUCUUAACUAAUAAAAAGUAAUUCCUGGUA